CAGAUAUGCACUGCUCCCACCAUCAGCGCCAGAACCUAUCAGAAGUCUUAUUUCAUCACAUCAAAAAUGGCAGUGCGCUGUGCUUAUUCUGGGAUAUAUAGUACAGUGGACCUACUGGUGGCCGAUAUCAGCAAGCGACAAUGUCUUCCUCGGCACAGGACGCUAUUCCACAACUCGAUCUGGGAAAUACGUUUGGGGCACUUUUUAUUGGGGUUGUCCUUUCAGCAGUUCUCUUUGGUCUAACCAACAUUCAAGCUUUCAUCUACUUGCAGACGCAUAGAAGCGCGGGGAUAACAUUUUUCAAGCUGUUUGUUAUCUGGCUUUGGAUAUUUGAUGCUCUGCACCUGGCCUUGAUAACCCAUAGCGUCUAUUAUUAUUUGGUGACCAACUAUGCAAAUUUUGGUGUGCUGACGGAGAUUGUAUGGAGUCUCAAACUUCAGUUAGCAAUCGGCAUUUUCAUCAUUCCGAUGGUACAUCUUUUGUAUGUUCAUCGCAUAUGGAAAGUAAGCAAGGGGCGAUCAAGGGUUCUCCCGACCGUAGCAUUGGUCAUAGUUGUGGUCCUAAGUUCAGGUGUUGCCAUUCCCCUUAUUUGGGCGCAAUAUAAAGUCAAGUUAUUCAAGGAUUUAAUUGAAAUGCAAUGGUCGAUAUUCCUGUCUUUGGGAGCUGCCACUUUUGUCGACAUCCUAAUCGCAUCAUCGCUAUGGUAUCUUCUUGCUACUUCACGCACUGGGUUCUCUAGCACUGAUUCCUUCAUAACAAAACUUGUGAAUUAUACGAUUAGUACCGGCUGUCUGACGAGUAUAUGCUCGACGUCAAUCAUAAUUACAUGCGCUGUGAUGCCGACGAACUUCAUCUUCAUCGGUCUUCAAUUUUUGGUGACCAAUUUGUAUGUUAAUUCAUUCAUCGCACUCCUGAAUGCGCGACACUACAUGCAGGCCAACACGAUUGUCGAUUCUCACGAACUUAAUGGGCGCCACGUUGUCUAUCGCCCGGAACUCCCCAUUAGCGCGUCGCAAGACGAGGAGCUUCAGCCAUCCCAGAAGGACUCUCAGGAUGGAGUGCUACAUAUUACACGACCUAUCCAGGCUUCCAUGCCACAGUCGCCGACAUCGGGGAUGGAGAUGAAAUCAUGUUCGUUAGUGUGACGGAGAAAUUUAUAGGCAUAGGUUAUUAUUUAUGUUUUAUCAACAUAUAAGACUCACAAAAAUUACGAGUUCAUAAUAAUUAUUACCCAAGGAUGUACAUUUGCAAUAGUGGAGAGAAUUUCAUGGACUAGGAC